AGCUGAUUUUACAUGAUUGCCCGUUGUGGGAAUCCGAUAUGUUGGAUACCUUCUUCAGAUUUCGUUUAAAUUGGUCGACAGAUCCGACAACUUUUGAGCCAUUAAGCAAGUUAUUCUAUAACGUGGCCCCGCUAUAGGAGAAGCUACGCUUUCAAUAAUUGGUUCUCGGUUUCGGCAAUCGCUUUUGAAGACCAUUCUCCAUCACUGAGAAAUAUUGAUUCAAGGCCUUCUUGAGAGGGAAACUAGGUGAAAUGAGUUUUCAUGAUCAAGAUUAAACAAACAAGAAAAGAAAGAAAACGAACAAUGCAUCUUGUAACCUUUCACACCAACAAAGACAUGAACUCUCCCUAUUUUUAAGCUGGCUUCAGCUAAUUCAUGGUAACUUCAUGCAAAACAUGCCCUAAUGCUUAACAGAGCAUUAAGCCAUAUGUUGAUUCCUUUCUGAUUUUAUGCCAGCGCCUAAUUGUGGUAAGCAUCCAGAUUUUUGUAAUUUUGACAAUGGUAAUCUGGACCUCAGUUUUUUGUUCCAGCAGACCCCAUAUCCAAGGAAUGUAACGCUGCCUCAGACAACAGAGACGACCUCAGUUCAGUUUUUUGUAGCUGAACUAAUCCCGUCAACCAAGUAAUCACAUGUUUUAUGCUGGCUACUUCAAAUAGUUUGAACUGAAAAGCUGCAGAUCCAGCAAUGUCCUCGCCGCCAGAAAACGGCACCACAGCACAGCCUCCAUUCUUGUACCCAUCAAGUAUUAAACUCAUCUUCGCCAUCUUAUACACUGCAAUCAUUUCAUUGGCCUUAGUCGGAAACACUUUGGUGAUCUACAUUCUGUACAAGAAACCAGAAACCAGAAAAUUAACAAGCUUCAUGUACGUAAACCUCGCUGUAGCCGACCUGCUCGUAACAGCUGUUGUGAUGCCUCAGUCGUUGGAACUUAUCAUUUUGGACCAACUGUGGAUAGAUGGAGCAUUUGGUGAGUUCCUUGCCAAGUUUAUCAUGUUUGUUUUCUUCGUGGCCAUCACGGCGUCCGUCUUCUCUCUAACAGCCAUGGCUUUUGACUUCUUCUUCGGGAUUGCCUUCCCCAUGCAAAAGUUCCCUCGCUUUAGGAACAAAAAGAUACUAAUUCCCACAAUUUGGAUUACCUCAAUGUGUCUGAUGACUCCAUGGCUGGUCAUAAUCAAAGUAAAGAACUCCAGGAUAGUGUACAAGUUUUCACAGUUUGGCGGGAUUCAAGCGGCUUUAAGAGGCGAAUAUCUUUACAUCAUAGUCGCUAUCUACUUGUUCCCCUUAGUAACAAUGUGUAUUCUCUAUGGACACGUUUGUCGCACACUUUACAAACACAAACUUCCGGGCAUUGCCAUCAACAAUCGUGCAACAACUCGGGCCAACGCUACCAAGCGUCAAGUGAUUCAUAUGUCAAUUGCUGUCGUUGUUGCCUUUGCACUUUGCUGGCUUCCAGCGCAUGCGUAUCAUAUGAUUCUGGCCAUUAACUUCAGAGUGCGUCAAUCGCUACCGUAUCAUUUUAUGCUGUUUUGCUAUUGGUGUGGACAUGCAAAUAGCGCUGUCAACCCCUGGCUACUGAUGUACUUCAAGAAGAAAUUCCGUACUGCGUUUAGGAAAAUGAUAACUUAUCCAUUACCGAAAAUCUCAUUUGCUAGCAAGAAUAUAGAGAACGCAGGAAGUAUAACGAACCUGCCUAUCAGAGGCCCGAUUGUCCAAGGAACAGAACAUCACCAAUCUGCAAGUUCUGUGUAAAGAUUAUCGUUAACUAAGCGCUACUCUUCCCGGGUUUUUACAUUCAUGUUGUAAAAUUUUGCAAAAUUGUAGAUGUUUUUCUACAACUUCUUAACAUCAUAAAAUAGUUUUUUAAAAAAGCACGUUCUUCGCCAUUGUUUUAGGCUGGUUCUUUCUGUUUGUUUAUUUAUUUUAGCUAGUGCGCAAGUAAGCUCAUCACAAGUCAAUCUAUCCCUUCAAGUCCAAGUUACGAUAUUAAGUUGGUGGAACCAUUAUAUAGUAUCAUGAUUUCUAGCACUUCGAGCAAAAAGAAACCAAUUAAGGAGUUAGACUGCUGCAACUGACUACAUUGUAUGCAUUGGUAGCGAUGGUUCAGAAAGGAUGCAAGGUAGUUUACGUGUAGUCUCACCUUCCCCCGUGGGUGGCCCUUCAAGCUAGAUGCAAGGUCAUCAGGCCCGAGAGAGACUGGGUAGAAUCGAGUGACCAGAUUGCGUCCUUUAGGACAAAUUUCACUACAACUAGGCCUCUCACCAGUUCACGUCAGAAUCGCCAGUUUGACGCCCAGGUGUAGACUGGUACAUAGGGUAAGCACUGAGACCAAAACAAAUUCAUGCGUAAACUACACGGUAAAGAUACAACAGAUGUUUAAUGUAAACAAGUCUUGAGUGGAUUUUCUGCAAAUAAUUUAUUUGUGGGAUAAGGGUUGCUCUUCAUGUCUCUUCAAGUAACUCCAUACUGCUAACCUGUUCAUAGGCCCUGUUGAUGAUAAAAUCUAAACAUAUUCCUGGAUAGAUUUUCUCACUACUCAAACACAAGAGCCUGUUCGUAAGCUUAACAUAGGACGGCAAGAGGUCUUACAGGGUCAGCAGACCGGGUUUUACUGAAUCCCCCGCCUAUAUAUAUUUUUUAUGAAGAUGCGGAAGGCUUGUGGACAACAUUUGUUGUCAGAGAUUGUUAAACGUCAAUUGAUCUCCGGUUAAUUUGAGAAAGGUGACAGGAUUUCAACAAUAGAACAUUAGGAUCGUACCAUAUUUUUAAAAGAGAGUAGAGCAGUGUGUAAGAGAGAGGGGGAGAGAGAAGUUCAUCAUAAUAAAACAAAUCGAAGUUUUGGAA